GAUGACGCGCGGGACCACGCCCCCACCUGGGGACAGACCCGGAAGCGGCGGCGGAGCCCCUUGAGAAAGAUGGCGCCCCUGGGGCUGAAGGCGGUGGUGGGGGAAAAAAUUCUGAGCGGAGUCAUUCGGAGUGUCAAAAAGGAUGGGGAGUGGAAGGUGCUCAUCAUGGACCACCCAAGCAUGCGCAUCUUGUCGUCCUGCUGCAAGAUGUCAGACAUCCUGGCUGAGGGCAUCACCAUUGUUGAGGACAUCAACAAGCGGCGAGAACCCAUCCCUAGCCUGGAGGCCAUUUAUUUGUUGAGCCCCACAGAGAAGUCGGUGCAGGCCCUGAUCGCAGACUUCCGGGGGACCCCGACCUUCACCUACAAAGCAGCACAUGUCUUCUUCACAGACACCUGCCCCGAGCCCCUGUUCAGUGAGCUGGGUCGCUCCCGUCUGGCAAAGGUGGUCAAGACGCUGAAAGAGAUCCACCUUGCCUUCCUCCCCUACGAGGCCCAGGUGUUCUCCCUGGAUGCCCCCCACAGCACCUACAACCUCUACUGCCCCUUCCGGGCAGGCGAACGGGCACGGCAGCUCGAGGCGCUGGCCCAGCAGAUCGCCACACUUUGUGCCACGCUGCAGGAGUACCCAGCCAUCCGCUACCGCAAGGGCCCAGAGGACACUGCCCAGCUGGCCCAUGCGGUCCUGGCCAAGCUGAACGCCUUCAAGGCAGACACUCCCAGUCUGGGCGAGGGCCCUGAGAAAACCCGUUCACAGCUGCUGAUCAUGGACCGGGCAGCCGACCCUGUGUCCCCGCUGCUGCAUGAGCUCACAUUUCAGGCCAUGGCCUAUGACGAGCAGGACACGUAUAGGUACAAGACCACCGGGCUGAGCGAGGCCCAUGAGAAGGCUGUGCUGUUGGAUGAGGACGAUGACCUGUGGGUGGAGCUGCGGCACAUGCACAUCGCGGAUGUGUCUAAGAGGGUCACGGAGCUUCUGAAGACAUUCUGUGAGAGCAAGAGGCUGACCACCGAUCAGGCCAACAUCAAAGACCUGUCCCACAUCCUGAAAAAGAUGCCGCAGUACCAGAAGGAGCUGAACAAGUAUGCUACACACCUGCAUUUAGCUGAUGACUGCAUGAAGCACUUCAAGGGCUCGGUGGAGAAGCUGUGCGGUGUGGAGCAGGACUUGGCCAUGGGCUCUGACGCAGAGGGCGAGAAGAUCAAGGACGCCAUGAAGCUGAUUGUGCCAGUGCUGCUGGACGCAGCGGUGCCCGCCUACGACAAGAUCCGGGUCCUGUUGCUCUACAUCCUCCUACGGAACGGUGUGAGCGAGGAGAACCUGGCCAAGCUGAUCCAGCACGCCAAUGUGCAGGCACACAGCAGCCUCAUCCGGAACUUUGAACAGCUGGGGGCCACCGUCACCAACCCCGGGGGCCCUGGGACCUCCAGCCGGCUGGAGCGGAGAGAGCGUUUGGAGCCCACCUAUCAGCUGUCCCGCUGGACCCCAGUUAUCAAGGAUGUGAUGGAGGAUGCUGUGGAGGACCGGCUGGACCGCAAACUGUGGCCCUUUGUGUCUGACCCUGCCCCCACACCCAGCUCCCAGGCUGCUGUCAGUGCCCGCUUUGGCCACUGGCACAAGAACAAGGCUGGUGUGGAGGCGCGGGCAGGGCCCCGGCUUAUCGUCUAUGUCGUGGGUGGCAUGGCCAUGUCAGAGAUGAGGGCUGCCUAUGAAGUGACCAGGGCCACUGAUGGCAAGUGGGAGGUGCUCAUUGGCUCCUCACACGUCCUCACCCCAACCCGCUUCCUGGACGACCUGAAGAUGCUGGACCAGAAGUUAGAGGACAUUUCCCUGCCUUGACCCGCCCACCCCUACCCUGACCUGCCCUCUUCCCUUUCCAGAAAAAUAAACUCUUUUCUGUCUGGG